AUGUCUGUCGAACUCGAUCCCGUUGAGUUGGGUUUCCGACGACCUUUCAACAAUGAAGUCUCCCAGACUUUGCGCCUGCAGAACCCUCACGCCGACCCUGUCGCCUUCAAGGUCAAGACCACUGCUCCCAAACAGUACUGCGUGCGACCCAACUCUGGCCGCAUCGAGCCGGGCGGAAACAUCGAAGUUCAGGUCCUGUUGCAGGCUAUGAAGGAGGACCCACCGCUUGACGCCCGCUGCCGCGACAAGUUCCUCGUGCAGUCCGUUGGCAUCUCUCGCGAACUCGACACUGGCGCUAACGUCGCACAAAUCUGGGCGAGCAUUGAACAGAGCGCGAAGAGCUCGAUACAAGAGAAGAAGAUCCGCGUGACAUUCUUGCCUGCCAAUGGUGCUGCACCGACCACCAACGGUCUCCUGCACAGCGGAGAGGAUGAACCACCAGCAUACUCUUCUCCCUCGCCUGCGCCUGUUACGCCUCAGCGAACCCCCGCUCGUCAGCUCGAUGAGAAGAGUGGUGCACGAUCCGAUGACUCAACUCUGCUUGGCAACACCACUGCGGCCAUCUCCAAUGCGACCGGUAUCAGCCAAUCUGACCUCGAGCGUCAAUUGAAAGAGGCCAAGGACACCAUUUCGCGACUCCAGACACAAGCUGCCGAGCAGACCGGUCUACGACAGCGAAAGUCCGACGGCUCAUCUUCUUCGGCGGGCACCACAAAGACACUCCAACAGGCGCCCGCGGCCGGUGGUGUCUCGGUGGUGACGAUAUUCUGUCUUACCGUUCCGGCGGCGGCCUUUUGGUUCUUUUCACGGGCCUUGUCACGUUGA